GUUGCCGAACACGAAGGUGAAGCUGAAGAUCCUGCUGAAGGUGAACCGCGGCUCCGAGAAGUUCUCGUAGAGUCCCCUCUUCCAACUACACGUCGUAUGGUGAGUAACAAAGCCGGCGGAUUCAGUAAAGCUCGUAGUAUUAGCAGCAUGGUGCUCGAUGAGC